CGGGCGGAGUUUUUCCACGCGCACCGCGUCGGUUUAGUUUAGUUAGUGUCAGCGACCGACUCGCGAACGAGCCAGGAAAUUCACCGCACUGCCUCCCACACACCCGCCGCGGCGUGUCCGUCUCCUCCUCCUCCAGCUCCGGCUGCGGCGGCGAGCCGCCCCGGAGCCACCGUCCUCCGGCGUGAUCCAGAUCGACCGCCUCGAUGGCUGAAAAUCCUCCCCUCCCCCUCAAUCCAUGCGAUGGUCCAGACCCGAAGCACAAAUGCUCGCCUCCGGUUCUCGCUCCCCCGUCGCUGUACCUGUACCCUCCACCUCCUCCUUCCUCCUCUGCGGCCUCGCGCGGCAAGGGCACCUUCGUCACCGCUCUCAUCAUCGCCGGCUCGGUGCUAUCCUUCCUCGCCCUUUGCCUCUCCAUCUUCCUCUUCGUCCGCCGCAUGAGGCGGCGGCGGCGGCAGCAAGAGGCGCUUCUCGAGGCCGCCCUGGCCCCAGCGGCGCCGCCCACCGCACCCCCCGACGACGGCGCCGGCCUCAACCCCACGGAUGAAGAAGUCGUCCACCACGCGUGGCACAUCCGGACCGUGGGGCUCGACGAGGCGGCGAUCGAGUCUAUCGCGCUCACGCGGUACCGCGCCGGCGGCGCGCUCGGCGCCUCCGACUGUACCGUCUGCCUCGGCGAGUUCCAGGACGGCGAGCUCCUUCGGCUGCUGCCCAAGUGCGUCCACGCGUUCCACGUCCAGUGCAUCGACACCUGGCUCCGCGCCCACGUCAACUGCCCGCUCUGCCGCGCCAACGUGACGGGCCCCGCCGCCGAGCAACCCGACCCAACACCCCCCGGCGCCGGCGCCGACGCCGAACAAGAAGAGCAAGACGCGGGGAACAUCGGAGCCCCGGAACAGGAGCAGCCGGGUCAGCACGCGGGCGAGCAGCGUGCGCAAGUCGAUCAGCGCGACCAGCCGGACAUCUCGUCGGAGCACCCGCGGCAGCGCCCCGGUCCACGGGGGCGCAGCUUCCGGCGCGUGGCUUCCAUGGACUCGCCGUCGCCGGUAGCGUCGCCCGAGGAGGCCCCUGAACACGAUCAGGCCGGUGGCGAGAAGCAGGGGACAGGGGGCGCUGCCGCUGUUUGCUGCGAGGUGUCACCAGGAUCCGACCGUCUGAACCGCGCCGCCAUGAAGAGGUCGCUGUCCGCCGGCAGCCGGUGGACGCUGCUCUCGCGGCAUUGCCGCGCGCGCUCCUCUCUUCUGCCGUUGUGACGGCGCGGGGAUCUCCAUCUGCUGCGUAAUGAUGGAAUUUUUGCCUGUCCCACCCAGAUCACGCUUGUUCUUGAAUAGUACUCUGUAGUCUGUACAGUUUGCGAGUUCAGAGCAGAGGGUUGUUGGCUGCACUACACUCUGCAUUUCAGGGACAGAAAAGGAACCGCGCGCUGGAGAAUCACUUGUAUAUCCCUCGUUUUUCGAGACUUCGUAUUUUUGUGUUCAGCUUUUUCUUUGCAAGAUUCAGAUGAAUGCCUGGAUUGUCCA